UGUUAAAGAGCUAAGUAAGUACAUGUGCAUGGAAUUUACGUAUGGAUCUUCUCUAAUAAUUCCUUUCACUUUGCGGCGAAUUGCUAUUUCUGCAUCGUGGCAAAUAAUUACUCAUUGAAACUUCAUGAAACUGUUUCCAACAUUGCGCCAGCUCAGUAGAUUUCAUCACCUAAUAAACGAAAAUUUUAAAAUUAAGUGCCUAGGAAGACUCGCGAGUGCAAGGAAUUUUUACAUCAGCUCGUCUGUUGACCAGAAUUGGGGAAAAAAUAAGAAACACAGAAACAUAAAACUAAAUAUUUAUUUCGACGCAAUGGCUAAUCCAGAUGAUGAAAAAAUUUUGGCCCCAUUGAGGGCGAGUGUUAAGGAACAGGGAGAGAUAGUUAGGAAGUUAAAAUCUGAAGGAGCACCAGAUCUAGAUGUUAAAAAAGCUGUAGCAGAGUUGAAACACAGGAAAAAGAUUUUAGAAGACAAGGAGCUCAGUCUGGCCCCUGCAACGACUUUCGAUAGAGCGAAAAUGGAAGACUUGCUCAAAAGACGAUUCUUUUUUGACCAAAGCUUUGCAAUUUAUGGAGGAAUUACAGGCCAAUUUGAUUUUGGCCCUAUGGGAUGUGCCUUCAAAGCCAACUUGUUACACACUUGGCGACAGUUCUUUGUUUUAGAGGAGCAGAUGCUCGAAGUUGACUGUUCCAUUCUUACCCCGGAACCAGUAUUAAAGGCCUCAGGUCAUGUGGAUAGGUUUGCCGAUCUUAUGGUGAAAGAUACGCAGACUGGUGAAUGUUUUAGGUUAGAUCACUUGAUUAAGGCACAUUUAGAGAAAAUUGCAUCUGAUAAAAAAACAUCACAACCAACAAAAAAUGAAUGUGAGGACAUCAUUAUCAAGUUAGAUGGAAUGACCAAAGAUGAAAUGGCUGCUAUAAUGCAGAAAUUUAAUAUGAAGAGUCCAUUAACUGGUAAUGAGCUUACUGAGCCUAUUGAGUUCAAUUUAAUGUUUGGAACCCAAAUUGGACCCUCUGGAUUAAUUAAGGGAUUUUUAAGGCCUGAAACAGCCCAAGGUAUUUUUGUAAACUUCAAGCGACUACUUGAGUUCAACCAGGGCAGGCUUCCUUUUGCAGCUGCACAAAUUGGUAAUGCGUUCAGGAAUGAAAUCUCGCCAAGAUCUGGUCUCAUACGAGUUCGAGAGUUCACAAUGGCAGAAAUUGAACAUUUCUGUGAUCCCAACGACAAAAGUCAUCCCAAAUUUGCAAACGUUCGGGAUACUGAACUGUUGCUUUAUUCGGCUUGUAAUCAAAUGGAUGGAAACCCGGCACAAAAAACUAAAAUCGGGGAUGCUGUGGACAAGGGUCUUGUUGCCAACGAAGCUUUGGGGUAUUUCAUGGCCCGCAUUCAAAAGUUCUUAAUAAGAUGCGGCGUGGACCCCGUCAAGUUACGUUUCAGACAGCACAUGUCCAACGAGAUGGCCCAUUACGCCUGUGAUUGUUGGGAUGCCGAGUGUUUGACAAGUUAUGGAUGGAUUGAAUGUGUGGGAUGUGCGGACAGGUCCGCUUUUGAUUUGACCCAGCACACUCAGGCCACUGGGGUCAGGUUAGCGGCAGAGAAGAAAUUAGCCGAGCCGAAGGUAGUGGAUGUCGUGGAAGCUGCCCCGAAUAAGGGACCGCUGGGGAAGACGUUUAAAAAGGAUGCUAAAACUAUUACCGACGCUUUGACUAACCUGCAAGUUAGUGAUGUGGAAGGAUUGGAGAGAAAGUUAAAUUCUGAUGGAUCAUACGACUUAACCAUUGGAGAUCAAAAAUUCACUUUGACCAAGGAUAUGGUGGCGGUGAAACGUUACCAAAAAACUCUACAUGUAGAAGAAAUUAUACCAAGUGUUAUAGAACCAUCGUUUGGUGUUGGUAGAGUAAUGUACGCCAUUUUCGAGCACAACUUCAAGCAACGCGAGAACGACGAACAAAGAACAUACCUCUCGUUGCCCGCUAUCGUAGCGCCAUUAAAAUGCAGCGUCCUUCCGUUGAGUUCCAAUGUAGAAUUCGCACCAUUCAUAAAACAAAUAUCUUCGGAAUUAACUAAGGUUGACGUUUCGCAUAAAAUCGAUGACAGUUCUGGAUCGAUAGGUAGGAGAUACGCCAGAACUGAUGAAAUCGCGAUACCGUACGGUAUUACGAUUGAUUUUGAUACAUUGAAGGAGCCCCACAGUGUUACGCUGAGAGAAAGGGAUUCUAUGGGGCAAGUUAGGAUUCCGUUGUCCGAAAUCGCUACUGUUGUCCACAAUCUUGCAUACAGCAAAUUGAGUUGGACUGAGGUGGAAGGACAGUAUCCGAAAUUUGAACAACAGGAAGCCAAGGGAGUUUAAAUUAGACAAAAACGUCUUUUAGUGCAUUUAUAAAUUUAUCCUACUGAUUUGUAUUUUAAACACGAUGUUUCCUAUUUAUUUUCUAUUUGUUAAUGAAAUGAAUUGCAAAAAUAAUAAUUUACCUACCAUAAUUCUGCUUAUAAUUAUCGAAAAUAAAUAUUUUAUAAACGA